CCAGUUUUCACUUAUGGUCAGAAUUUAGGAUUUCCUUUUAUUGAUAGUAACAGGAACCUGGUUACCAAAAUGUAAUUGUUCAGAAUUUGUUUAUGACACUUAAAUGGUUUUUGUUUGGAUCAAUACAAAAUAUCAUUGCAGUUACAUAAUCUUUAGGUACUAGAAAAUGCAUUGAGUUACCUAUAUAUAACAUAUUUUGCAAAAUUCUAUGGCCACUCUGAAAAACCCUCUGGGAAAGGCUGUUGUUCAGAGAGGAGCUGACACAGUGGCUGUUGAACAGGACUUUACAGAUGAUGGCCCUUAUACUAUAGUAUAUCGUAUUAUCCUGCCUUUAGUGUGAGACACCCUCUGCACUGUAGAAGAAUGUUUUAGUCUCUGCAGCAGAGGACAGUGAAGAUAUGCCCUAAGUGCUUUCCUAUGACUUACUAUGAGAGACUUGAGCAAUUAGCCUGUAAUUUGUAUUAAUUAACCUUACCAUGAGUAAUUUCGGUUGAGCCAUCCUAUGUGUGUUUCGUCACCAGAGAGAAUCCUCUGGCCUAGGGAUAUACAUAGAUACAAUCUGUGUAAACAGAUGUGCUGUAGGUAGCUUCAUCUCAACUGAGAGCCUGAGUCCCAAGCUCUGCUCCUCACGUCCUUCUUGUCUGGAGGAAGUUACAGGGCCUUUCUGUGUGCCCCAGCUUUGUCAUCUCUCACUUGGGCACAGUUGUCCUAGUGCCUUUUCAUAUGGAGUCAAGAUCCUAGGCUCUGUAAGACUCUUGGGACUGUGUCUGGCACACUGCUGAGCAUGUGGUGUUAUUGUAUUUUACUGUUUAUCUCUAGAGCUCUGUCAGGUCAGGUCUGGGUUAGUGGCCUGCAAGCUUAGAACAGAAUACAGCUGAAUGUACUCAUGGGGACAGAAGCACACAACCCUUGGACAGUCCAUGGCUGUGGAAAUGGAUGGAGAGGGACAAUGGGAGGGCCCUGUUUUGGACUUUGAAAUUGGAAUUUCAGACCCAGCCUCACUUACAGCUCAUCUUGUCGCUGAUGGUGGGGACAGGGGAGAGUGGCAAGAGCACCUUCAUCAAGCAGAUGAGGAUCAUCCAUGGGUCGGGCUACUCUGAUGAAGACAAGCGCGGCUUCACCAAGCUGGUGUAUCAGAACAUCUUCACGGCCAUGCAGGCCAUGAUCAGAGCGAUGGACACGCUCAAGAUCCCAUACAAGUAUGAACACAAUAAGGCUCAUGCACAAUUGGUUCGAGAGGUUGAUGUGGAGAAGGUGUCUGCUUUUGAGAAUCCAUAUGUAGAUGCAAUAAAGAGCUUGUGGAAUGAUCCUGGAAUCCAGGAGUGCUACGACAGACGACGGGAAUAUCAGUUAUCUGACUCUACCAAAUACUAUCUGAAUGACUUGGACCGUGUAGCCGACCCUUCCUAUCUGCCUACACAACAAGACGUGCUUAGAGUUCGAGUCCCCACUACAGGGAUCAUCGAAUACCCCUUUGACUUACAAAGUGUCAUUUUCAGAAUGGUCGAUGUAGGGGGCCAAAGAUCAGAGAGAAGAAAAUGGAUACACUGCUUUGAAAAUGUCACCUCCAUCAUGUUUCUAGUAGCGCUUAGCGAAUAUGAUCAAGUUCUUGUGGAGUCAGACAAUGAGAACCGAAUGGAGGAGAGCAAAGCACUCUUUAGAACAAUUAUCACCUACCCCUGGUUCCAGAACUCCUCUGUGAUUCUGUUCCUAAACAAGAAAGAUCUUCUAGAGGAGAAAAUCAUGUACUCCCACCUAGUCGACUACUUCCCAGAAUAUGAUGGACCCCAGAGAGAUGCCCAGGCUGCUCGAGAAUUCAUCCUGAAGAUGUUCGUGGACCUGAACCCCGACAGUGACAAAAUCAUCUACUCCCACUUCACGUGUGCCACAGACACCGAGAACAUCCGCUUCGUCUUUGCAGCCGUCAAGGACACCAUCCUGCAGCUGAACCUGAAGGAGUACAAUCUGGUCUAACCGUGCCUCCCAGAAACCGUUCUUCCCUCCCCUGUGGGUUGUUGAAGAUAAACAAGAGGGACUGUAUUUCUGUGGAAAACAAUUUGCAUAAUACUAAUUUAUUGCCGUCCUGGACUCUGUGAGCGUGUCCACAGAGCUGUAGUAAAUAUUAUGAUUUUAUUUAAACUAUUCAGAGGAAACAGGAUGCUGAAGUACAGUCCCAGCACAUUUCCUCUUUUUUUUUUUAGGCAAACCUUGAUGUAUUUUAAAUUUUCAGUCAUUCACUCACAGUAUAAAAGCACUCCUGUCAUUCGUGUUCUCUCUCUGUCUCUCUCUCUCUGUCUCUCUCUCUCUCUCU